AUGCUCGGGCAGGGACAGCAGCACAGCGGCGAUGAUGGCCGUUGGAAUGGUAUUGACAUUGGCGCCGUAGAGCAUGGCAAAAACAUGAAACGCGUCCUUCUCCGUGUCUCGGGAAAUGCGAGACAGAUAGGUGCCCUCCGUAUUCUCCGUGUUCAAGGCCUUGCGAAUCGUGUCAACGAACCAAGUCUUGGAGGAAUGAAAGCGUUGGAUUUUCUCAAAUGGCCACCAUGGAGGUAG